AUGCGAGAUUAUCUCAUAUUCCUUUUUUUAUUCUUAUACUUUAAUAAAAGUUUUCAAUUGGAUAAAUAUGAUCUACAAAAUCGAGGAGACAUUGAUGAAAAUCUAGAAGAAGAGGAAGAAGAUGAGCAAUCAACUGACAAAAGAUCGAAAUCAAUGUAUGAAUUUUUGUAUAAAAGAAUGAAUCAAGAUAUUGUCAAGAAAAAACCACUCAAAGCUAAUGUUUAUAUGAUUCCUGGUGAGUUAUUUGUUAGAAAUUCAGAAAAUUAAAAAGUCAAAAUAUUUUAGGACCACAAGAACCAUUGCCUGGCAGAACUCAUAUGGGAGAUUAUUUUCCCGUUUUCCCAUUCCAAAAUCAAUAUUCUGGAGGUCUCGACUUAGAUCCAUCUAUCUCUAGAGUAUGGUAACUCCACUUUUCUAAAAAAAAACAAAUCUGAAUUAUUUCAGCAUAUUGGAGGUGACUUCAACUUUGCAAUUCCAUCUUGGGGUAUAAUGGAUAUUUAUGGUCGUUUCUUUAAUCGUAUUCGAGAUACAACAACUAAAAUCGGAUAUGUAAAUCAUCCAGUAAAUAUGAUGGAUUUGGAAAAAGAAGAUCUUGUGAGACUUAUGAGUGAUCCAUCAAUGAUACAAAAUAGAAGUGAAUUGUAGAUAAUUUUAUAGGAUUCAUAACAAAUAACCGAAUUUUAGAUGCUCAACCAACAUUGCCGUUGGGAAAGUUUGGAAAGUCAUAUGUUCCGAUGAGUUGUAAACCACCAAUGUGUAAUCCAUAUCAUAUGAACUUUGGAUUAGGUGUAAGUUGUUAGAAUAACACCCAAUUCUCAUUUUUGUAACUAAUAUAUUGAUGCGAAGUUUUUUUUAGAUCGAACAAGAUUGGGGAGGUUCGGAUGGAGUUGAAGGAGAUAUUGAUGUUCCGAUGCCAAUAUCAAAAGGAAUCGCAUAUCGUUUCCCAUUCUCUGGAAAUGUUUAUGCUGCUAGAGAUAAUAUCACAGUUACCUAUGGUCAAAAUAUAUCUCCUAUCGAACCAUUUUCAAGUUUGUUUGAUUAUCAAAAACAUCGAGACCCCGCUCUGAGAAUUCCAAGAAAAUGGGAAAAACGAAGUAUUCAAGAGUAUCCUGAAGAACAAAUUCGUAAAUAUCAAGAGAGAUUCAUUGAGAGAAACCCAAAACCUGUUCGAAAAUAUCGAAUCAGGCCACAAUUUUAUCCAAACUUCAUGCAAAAUGUUCCAUUGAUGCAAUCUUCAUUUUAUCAUCCAAAAAGAGCACAAAUACCUGCGAGGAAACCACUUGUAAUGGUAGGUUCUUUUUUGUCUUCAUUCCAAAUAAUACCAAUUGCUUUUUUCAGUCUCCAUUCUACUAUUAUUCUCAUCAAAAUCCAUCGAAUGUUCUUUCAACAGGAAAUACACCAUACUUUGAAAGAUCUAAUAGAAAAACACCGUAUAUGUAUUAUUACUAUUGA